AAACAUAGCUUUAAAAAUCAACGAAAUCGUUUAACAUUUCAUGAAGUAACACUACUUUUUAUGCUAAUCAGCUUCUGAUCAACAUGUUAACAAUAAAACACAUCAGUGUUUCUGCCAGACUAGUAUUUUAGAUUAACUUUAAAAUAUGUUUAAAUUUUUAUUUGUACACAUUAGAGUAAAUCAGGCUUGUGUUUUCAGUUAUUUGAGGUUUUGUUCUGCUGUGCGGCUGUCAAAAAUAAACUUUAGUGAAGAAAACAUGAACUUUAGUGAAACUUUAGCGCUGCAGCUGGUGUAAACACAAGCAGUGACUAGAGUGGCCGCGAUUGCGCAGGCGCAAUGCGGGAUUUCGGCGAUGGGCGCGGUCCAGAAAUCUCAAAACACAUCCCAGUAGACAGCGAGACGCUUCUUCAACACAGACACAAUCGUCCUUAUUUAACUCAGUUUCACAACAACAUGAAGAGCGCGUUUUCUAUGUUUGUGUGUUUCUUCGUCAUAGAGGGUGUGUUUGAUGUUGAUCCAGAUGAAGUGAAGACCGUGAUCGAGGGAGAUUCUCUUAAUCUACAGACUGAUUUUAUUGAAACGCAGAAAGAUGGUCUAACAGAGUGGAAAUUUAAUGAUAAUAGCAUAGCAACAAUCAACAGAGCAACUGGAAAAGUUGAAUAUAGUGAUGUGAAGUUGAUGACGAUGUUUAGUGACAAAAUUAAUCUGGAUCAAACUGGAUUUCUCACCAUCUGGAAUAUCAGAAUCCAACACUCUGGUGUAUAUAAAGUAGAGAGUAUCAGCAGUGUAGGGAUCAAAUCCAAGACAUUCAAAGUUAUUGUGAAAGAAUCUCCACUCAAGUCUGUUGAAGAUAAAGAUGAAAUAAAGGCAUUGUUAGCCACAAAGGGAAACUCUGAGACCCUACACACUGAUACUGACCUACAGAAACAUGAUCUGAUACUGUGGAGAUUUGGAGCUGAAGGAUCUCUCAUCGCUAAAGGUGAUGCAGAUAACAAUCGGACCUUGUACUAUGAUGGCGACGAUGGGAGAUUCAGAGACAGACUGAAGAUGGACAGCAGGACUGGAUCUCUGACCAUCAGUGACAUUGAAACUGAACAUGCUGGAGAAUUUAGACUAAAGAUCAUCAGUGACAGAAGGAUUUUGUUAAAAAGAUUCACUGUUACUGUCUCUGUACCAAGUAUUUCUCCAGGCGCUAUAGUGGGGAUUGUUCUGCUGGUGGCUGCCGCUGCCGCUGCUGCUGCUGGUGUUGGGAUUUAUUGUCGACGCAGUAAUUCUGAACUAAAAAAACUAAUGUCGGAGAUCUCCAAACAACUAGAGCAAUUGUCAAAGCUCUCUAAACAAUUGUCCGAGAUCAAUGAAAAAGAACUGGCGGAGGGCUGUGACAAAGAAUUAUCAAAGAUCUCUGAAAAACUAAAGGAAAUGUCUGGGAACUGUGAAAAAGAAAUGUCGGAGAUAUCUAAACAACUAGAGCAACUGCAUGAAGAGAAGAUCUCAGAACGACUGUCCGAGAUCGCUGACAAAAUAAAGAAAAUAUGUGAAGAAAAGAAACCUGAACAACCAGAGCAGCUGCCUUUGACAGGUGAAGCAGAGACCUCUGAACCAGAAACACAUGCUGAUGUCACAAAAGUAGAGACGACAGGAUCAGAGCUGGAGAAAGAUGAAAUGGAGAUCUCUGAACAAGAAAUAUGUGCUGAUGUCACACAGAUGGAGAAGGGUGAAGGGGAACGGUGCAUUUAUGUUGCAGAGACUGCCAUAAGCCGAGUGAUGGGUGAUGAUCGGACAGUCAUAGACAGAAAGGGCAGGAGGAGCCUUGUGAUCCGUAACCUCAGUACUAAACGUGCUGGAGGUCACACACAUGAUGGAAAAGAUCCUGAAAAUGAUCUGAAAGAGCUGAAAGAAGAACCAUCAGGAAAAGAAGCAUCGACUAUCAGCCAAACAGACGAGGAUGGAGAGAAUGAGCAGUAGAAGAAGAGAUAAGACACGCCCACUACUGUCAAUCACUGUGACAUCAUCAGCAUUUUAGCUCAGUCUUUCAGAAGCUUCUAGAAAGACUUUAAGAGCUCAAAGACACUGAUUCAUUUCUCACUUUCAGUGAAAAGCUUUUUGGGAAACACUGCCAUAUAUAAUCGUAUUAAUGUUUCACUACAUACCUCACCUUUAAAGUGUUACUCUUAACGUAAUACUAAUUUGACUCUCACAAUGUAUUUUUAAAGAAGUGUUUUACCGCAGCAGUAUCUCUCUAUGUGCUGUUUUAUGUCAUUAACACUAGUGCAAGGAGGUGUGUUUCAUUUGCAUAAAACACGUCCAUAUAAGGGCUUUCCGCGCAUGCUCAAUUCCUUACAGCCUUUCGUCACUCGUGUCAAACUUGCCGCUGUUUGCGGUCGCGCUCUCUCCUGAUCCUCGAGCAAUGACAGGUGUGCCGUUCUCACCGUUCUCACAAUAAACCGCUUUCAUACCGACCCGGAUUACAGAGCUGUCAGACAUUAUCACAGCUGAAGAUAUAACGCAGCUUUUCUUACUCUUUAACUGUAUAUAAUGUAUUUAAAGCUGCAGUCCAGAACUUUUUUUGGCUCUAAAUUAUCCAAAAUCAGUACAUAUCCAGCUAGUGUUCAGAACUAUCUCCUUAUCUUAGCCUGAUUCACAACGGUAAGCUUGUAAUAAUGUUUCAAAAUCUACAGGUAAUACACUAAUACACACUAAAUACACAGUCACGCAAUGCUGAUGUUGUAAACAUUAAUAAUUUAAGAAAAA